AUGAGAAUCAGUAGCCACUUCAGGAGGGAGCAUCAUGUCUACACGGUGGAGGCUUGCGACAGGUCUUCUUUUCGAGUGCCGGAGCUUUGUAGAGUGAUGAAGAGCGUCCAAAUUCCGUUCGGGUAUAGCCGUUACCUUGCUGACGACGAGUUUGGCGUCGGGUUGACUUGGAAAACAGUGUUGGGAGGCUUCCUAGCAAACAGCUUCGUGGUAAGUGCACUGUGUAACAAGUUGUUCAAGUUCGGGUUAUGUGUAGCAGCAGCGGCGACGUUGCUAUUGAUAAUGAAGAUGUAUCGCACAAACAGAGUGGAGAAGCAGUUGGAUAGUGGAAAGUUGUGUCUAGUUGAUAGGAUGUCCGAUGUAGUGCAAAUUUGUAGCACGAAACUGGCUGAUGACAUGUGA